CAAUCAGUACGCUCGUAGCCCUCCAAACACUAUUGUGAUUGUGUGUCAAAAUCUAAACUGUUCAAACAGGUCAAGGAAGUUAUAUAUGUUGGACCACUAUGACCUCUGUACCCGGGGCAGCCCAACUCUUUGAUGAGUUAGAUAAUUUUCAUCUAACUUUCACCGUUUCCCUGCAGAAAAGUUAAUGGUCUACUUGCGAGAUGGGAGAACACUCAUUGGUUAUUUACGGAGUGUUGACCAAUUCGCAAACUUAGUUCUUCAUCGCACCAUAGAGCGUAUCCACGUAGGAACUCGAUAUGGGGACAUUGAUCGUGGAGUUUUUGUCAUCCGUGGAGAAAAUGUGGUAUUACUGGGAGAGAUUGAUGACACUAAAGAGGAAGCGGCAACCUUGGAAAAGGUGAGUAUUGAGGAAAUUUUGGAAGCACAGCGUGUUGAACAAGAACGUCGGCAAGAGCAAGAACAGCUUAGGGCACGAUUUAUGAAAGAACGUGGACUCCAGUACACUGCCGAGAUUGGACCUGAUGACAUGUAUUAAAACUAUUCAACCAAUAAUUGCAAUUUAAGAGGCAAGCAUUAUGAUUUCAUUACAGUAUUUCUUUUCCAGUAGCACUUAAGAGUUUUGCUAUUUGAAGAAAUGGAUUUGCAGUAAGAUUUGAUGUUUUACAGAUUAGUUACAGACAAUAUAUGACUGAGUGGCCAUAGUUCACUUGGAACUGUGGAAUGACCAUCUAGUAUAGUUAAUGAUAGGAUUCUACAAGUUGUUGUGUUGCAGAUUUCUCGUAGUGACUUUGUCUUGAACAUGAGGUGCAAUAUUAUUUAUAUUGUUGAACACUAAUAUUGUUAAACACCGUUUAUUUUGUUUUCUUUUAAAUUAUUUGUUUUCAAGUGAACAAGUAAUGUACUGAGCCUCUUCAAUAAAUGACUGUACAGUAUAUAAAUAUACUUAUAUAUAAACAUACUUAUACUUUAUUGUAAAGAGAAGCUAUUUUCAUUUAUUACUGACCUCCAUUCAUCCAAGUUAUAAGGUUACUUAAAGUUCACAAGUAAUGUACAGUACAGUACUUAUCUAAAUUUUAAGUACAGUAAUAUUUUCCCUACCAAAUAGUGAUCAAUAAGGACAAUAAAUUGGCAUGACAUAUACUUUUGGUUUAAUUUGGCUCCAUGUCAGUUUGUAUACAUCUAUUUGUUGGGUAGAUUAGGAGUGAGACUAUGUAUUAUACAGGAAAUAUAAUGCAUUUCUUGAUGAAUUUUUUUUUUUUAUAUAAUACAGUAAUUAUAUGUUAUAUAAAGGUGAACGUUUCCAAGGACAAUUACAAUUUUUUUAUUAAGAAAAUUAAACCACAUUACUCGUUUGAAUAUUUAUUCAACAUGUAAAUUGAACCAAUAUGGUUGCAUGCAAAAUUAUCAUCAUUUGACAUUCAUCACAUCUGAUCAUAUUUUUGUAAUGCAGUUAAAGUGAAAGCCAUUAAAAAGGAAAGAUUAAAA